CUCCUUAAUAAAUACUAAUUUGUUUAAAGGAAUAAAUGCUACUCCGGCUUGCCAUAGAGCUCGGAGCGAGAGAGGGAGUGAGGGAGGGCAUUGCUGCUUAAAAUGCUGUGAAUGUGACAGCCAAUCGUCCAGACUGCCAGUCUCCGCUUGGGGAGGGAAUGAGGAAAAAACUCUGUGAGGAAAAUGCGCGCGAAGUGACGCGACACGCGCCGCUCUACAAGUGCUCUGACCGUUUUCCACCAACAGCGCGAGGACCGGGGCGCGAAAACGACUCGCCCUUUUGAGGGGACAAACAUGACUGUGGUGCCCGGGGAGAACCUCGAAGAGACUGUGGCAUUGGCAGCCCUGUCCCAAGAUGUUUACGACCCUGAACGGGCAGACCAGGAGUGCUGCGAGCGGGUGGUUAUCAACAUCUCCGGACUGCGCUUCGAAACCCAAUUGAAAACCCUCGCGCAAUUCCCUGCCACCUUACUCGGUGACCCCAGGAAACGAAUGCGCUUCUUCGACCCUCUAAGGAACGAGUACUUUUUUGACAGGAACCGACCGAGUUUUGAUGCCAUCCUCUACUACUAUCAGUCUGGAGGGAGGCUGAGGAGACCCGUCAAUGUUCCUGUGGACAUCUUUAUGGAGGAGAUCAAAUUCUACGAGUUGGGAGAAGAGGUCAUUGAGAAUUUUAAAGAGGACGAGGGCUUCAUCAAGGAGGAAGAGCGACCUUUGCCAGAAAACGAGUUCCAGAGGCAGGUCUGGCUGCUGUUCGAGUACCCUGAGAGCUCUGGACCCGCAAGGGGCAUCGCAAUAGUCUCAGUGCUCGUCAUUUUGAUAUCCAUUGUCAUAUUCUGCUUGGAGACUUUACCUGAGUUUAGGGAGGACGGGAAAAUGUAUGAGGAGCACCUCGCUUUCAAUGGAACUGCUAGUUUAAAGAAGCCCAAUCCCUUCACAGACCCGUUUUUUAUUGUGGAGACCCUUUGUAUAAUAUGGUUCUCCUUUGAACUGCUCGUGAGGUUUCUCGCGUGCCCAAGUAAGCCCGCUUUCUUUAAGAAUAUCAUGAACACAAUCGACAUCGUGGCCAUUAUUCCCUACUUCAUCACCUUGGGUCUGGAGUUGGCCGAGCAUCAGGGCAACGGCCAGCAGGCGAUGUCUCUGGCCAUCCUGAGGGUCAUUCGCUUGGUGCGGGUGUUCCGCAUAUUUAAGCUUUCUAGACACUCAAAGGGGCUUCAGAUUCUAGGCAAGACACUUCAAGCGAGCAUGCGGGAACUGGGUCUCCUCAUAUUCUUCCUUUUUAUUGGAGUUAUAUUGUUCUCCAGCGCCGUGUAUUUCGCCGAGACGGACGACCCCGACUCGGGGUUCAGCAGCAUCCCCGAUGCCUUUUGGUGGGCAGUGGUUUCCAUGACAACUGUAGGCUACGGGGACAUGUGCCCAGUCACAAUUGGUGGCAAAAUAGUGGGCUCUUUGUGUGCCAUUGCUGGUGUUCUCACCAUUGCUCUUCCAGUGCCCGUCAUCGUGUCCAAUUUCAAUUACUUCUACCACAGGGAGACCGAGCACGAGGAGCAGAUGCAGUACACGCACGUAACGUGCGGUCAGCAGCAAACCACGUUUGGUGAAUUUAAAAGGAGUGAAAGCAAAGCGUCCCUUUCCAAAUCAGACUAUUUGGAUUCCGAAGAUGGAGAUUCGGUCAAGUACACCAACUGCAGCCCACAUAAAGCAUACGCAGGGAAGCUUACUGAUGUAUGAAUGUAGAAAGCCAGCAGUUAUUCACCCAAAGAAGCGCACGAGUACAUCCUCACCCCCUCGCGCCGGCUUGAGUAGAUGUCUAAUAAUCUGCGAGGAACACUUCAUUUGGAAACUACGACAGUGGAUUUUACUGUUUUCUAAACUGUCUUCCAUUGUUGUGAUCGUCGAUCAUCGAAGCGCGCGCGCGCGAGACGUAGACUAGACGCAAGAUUAUUAAAAAAAAAUAAAAAAAUACAUAACGUAUGCUAUUAUAUAUAAGCAAGCUCAAUUAAAUGUGUAGCACUUUAUUAGUAUACUCAAAUUUCGGUUAGUUUUUCCAAAAACAAAUUCGCUGACAGACAGUAAAGAAGUUUACAUAUAGGCUACAGUUUGCGUAUUUGGAGAGAAAUAGUAGGACCAAAAUAUAUAUCUUGUUGUUGUUGUUUUUUUUCCUAAAGAGGACAGAACUGCAAGGUCAUUUGGAAAACGACUUACCCCAACUUAUUUAAUAAUGGCAUUGUUAUUAUUUUUACAUUUUUUUUUUUUUUUACUGGCUAUGCGUAAUUUUGAAAUCUGAGCAAUACAUAUCUCCGUGAUUAUAUUGAAACCAGAUUUGAGAUUAUUAAGCAUUAUAAAGAGCAUACUGCAUUUUUUCAGGUGGUGUCAUAAUAAUAUCAGUUAGCAUUGAAAGGUUAUGGCAUCUUAAAAUUACUUGAUAACUUUAUUCGCACUAUGUAGAAGCACUGCAGGGAUAGAUUAGCAACAUUUGUUGUAAGCUUCUUUAUUUCUUCAUAUUAU